AUGUCUUCUUUUACACUGCUUAAAAACGUGUACGACUAUGUGUUGAGCGCCUUCAGCAGCUUGACGAUAGACCAUCAAAAACAGCUGGAUUUCGAGCAACGGCAGCGUGACAACAUCGGACGACUUCCCAAUGAGGUCUUGAUGGAUAUCACAAAACACCUAUCGGGAGGAGACUGCGCAAGAUGCAUGUAUGUCUGCAAGUCAUGGUUCGCCCGGUUUUUUGGAGUGACAUACAAUCAAAUCGAGUUUACCGAUCGUCAUCAAAUCCAGUCUUUCAACUGGAUCGUCCAGUAUGCUGCAACGCAGUUCCCGGAUGUCACAAUCUUGACAGUAUCUGUUGCAAAAGUUGCCUUCAAGGGGAAUGCUCUUUCUUGCGAAAGAGUAAACGGCUUUAGCGACUUUUGGAAGAUUAUCAACGUCUGUCAAAAUAUUGUAACACUGACGAUAUCUUGGCAGCAGCUUUAUCUUUUCGUUGGGGUGCGAAAAAAUAGGAUACUGCAGCAUCUUGGGCAACUUCGUCAUUUGCAUAUUCGAAAGGUGGCAAUGCCAUAUCCGCAGCCAUGGUCAGUAUCAGUCCCACAAUUUCCUGUGUACAGCAGAUACGCAACGUCUACGUCAUCAUCAAGUACAUUCAUCGAACAGUGGAAGUACAUCCAGCAGCUAGUGAAUCACACGCCAAUGCUCGAAAGCCUCACGGUAGCGUUCAACAACGGCAGCCGAUGGGUCAGCGAGGAAAAUCUGGACACUAUCUCGCGGUUGUGCUCCCAUUUACAGCAUCUGCACCUUGAAAAUGCAGCGCUCUUUGUGGCAGGGGAAAUAGCCCACGGUCGUGUCAGCGAGCAGCAGCGACUUUAUUCGGCUGAACAGAUGAAACUACAGCACUUGCACUUGAAAAAGCCUGUAUUUUACAAUUCACAGCAGCUGAACUCCUUCUAUCGUUAUCUUACGCAUGCAUAUUCGAAACUGUCGACGCUUACCAUGUAUGAAGUCCGCCUGCUAAAUGAAACCCCAAGCGCUUCCAUUACGGAUUCUACUACGGCAACAAGCGCCUGGACAACGGAUCUCAAACAACUUACAGUGAAAGGAAUCAGGACAGAAGAAGUAUCCUCUUUUUGCGAUAUGAUGAUCCGAGAAAUUGGCUUGAACAGCAGUUUCACCCAGCUUAAUAUUGGUGGAGCAUACAAGAACCCCCGGAAGGUGCGAACAAUCACGGUAGAUGUGGCGUGGAUCCUACAAGCUUGUCCACACCUUAGAUUGCUUACCAUGAGCUAUGUUGCACUCUAUUGCUCUGGCGAACAAGGAGACGACCUAUCAUUACGCAAUGCUUCCGGCUGUCUUUUUCGUCAGGGUGAUAUUUUCAACCAUCUUGCGUUGGAACGUCAGUCAAGCACCUCAGCUUGGCAGGUUCAAUCGUCCAAUCAGUUGUCCAAGUAG